AUGAAACUACAUCUUGCUGGAGUGAAAGGAGAUAUUGGUCCAUGUAAAUCGGUUCCACCUGAUGUCAGAUUUCGCAUGGAAAAUUCUUUGCAAGAGUUUGUGAAUGCUAAGAAAGCAACCAAAGAAGCAGAUGAAUAUAGAAAUCCUUAUGGUCCUAAUGUGUCACAAUUUGAAGGGGAUAUGGCAGAAGGUGAAGAAGAGGUUCAAGAAAUGCAAAGUCCUAUGGCAGCUAGUAGUGGAAAAAGGAAAAAAUCAACAGUGGAUAAGUAUUUUGCACCAAGAAAUACACAAGGAGCUCAACCUUCCAUGAGGAGUGUGCUAGCUGGGAAAGAAGCUACUUGGAAAGCGGAUAUGGCGUCAAUGUUGGAUGCUAUAUCUGCAAUUGGUCCUGGAUAUAAGGGUCCAAAUUACUAUCAGUUGCGGAUUAAUCUUUUAAAGGAUGCUAAGAAGGAAGUUCAGUUACUUGUGGACUCUUAUCGUGCAAUUUGGGCAAAAGUUGGGUGUACAAUAAUGGGUGAUGGUUGGACAGAUAACAGACAAAGAACACUCAUCAACUUCCUUGUAUAUUGUCCUGAAGGAAUAUCGUUUGUGAAAUCUGUUGAUGCUUCGGACAUUGUCAAGGAUGCAACUAAUUUGUUUCAGUUAUUUGAUGAGGUGAUUGAAUGGGUGGGUCCACUCAAUGUAGUUCAUGUAGUGACUGAUAAUGCAGCAAAGUAUGUGGCCGCGGGGAGAUUGAUUUCUCAUAAGCAUAAACACAUUAAUUGGUCACCUUGUGCAGCUCAUUGUCUUAAUUUGAUCUUUAAGGAUAUUGGUAAGAUAGACCAUGUUGCUGAACUUGUAAGACGUGCAUCAAAGGUGACAAUUUUUGUGUAUAAUCAUGUUGCUUUGUUAAGUUGGUUGAGAAAAAGGGAAGGAUGGACAGAGAUUCUGCGACCUGGUGCAACUCACUUUGCUACUACUUUCAUUGCACUCAAGAGUCUUCAUGAUCAUAAACAUGACUUGCAAGCUUUGGUGACUAGUAAGUUCUUUGUGGACUCUAGAUAUUCAAAGGAUUAUAAAAGCCAAGUUGCAGUUUCCAUCAUCUUGGAUAAUAGAUUUUGGAAUGAUUGUUUGAUUGUUGUGAAUCUUAUGUCUCCACUAAUGCGUUUAUUGCGUAUUGUUGAUUGUGAUGAGAGGCCUUCGAUGGGAUAUGUGUAUGAAGGCAUGUAUAGGGUUCGUUUGGGCAUUAAGAAAUUGUUUAAUUACAGCAAAAGACUAUACAAGCCUUAUAUAGAGAUCAUAAAGCAAUGUUGGGAUCAACAACUAAAGAAAAGCAUUCAUUCAGCAGCUUAUUGGUUGAAUCCAUGUUUCCAAUAUGAUCAGGAAAACUUUUGUAAUAAGCCAAAUGUUAUUGGAGGUGUUAUGGAUGUUAUUGAUCAAAAAGUUCUGAAAGGCAAGAUUGAAACAAUGAAUGAAAUGAGGUUAUUUCAUGAUCGAUUGGGAAGUUUUGGAAGAGACCUUGCUUAUUCUUCACGUGAAGUACUUCAACCUGAUGAUGAGGAUGGUGGUGACAUGGCUAGAGAAGGGCUUGAUGUGGAGAAUUUUGGUUUUCCAAAUGCUCAUUUUCAAUCUCCAUAUUCCAAUUUCCCAAAUGAAUAA